UUUUAAAAUCACUGAACUUAGAAUUGAUUACUUAAAUUCAUUAACUCUCAUAGGAAGCCAAGUAGGCAUGCCAAAUAACCUAAAAUGUCGAGGUAAAAAUUUAUCUGUCAAAUGUAUUUUCUUAGUAACUUGAAAAAUUAGCUCUACUGAUCACUAAUUUGAAAAAAAAAAAAAAGUUUCUUGGGACGCGGAGAAGGAGAGAGUACCAGUUGAGAGUGGAACAAAUCUUUAUACAUUUAUACAUAAAUGAAUCAAAUAUUCCUUCCUUCUGUAAUCUUAAGCACAUUCAUUAAACCGAUUUUUUACUCUUAAGUUUAUGUUUGAUAGACUAUGUUUAAGCAAUGAAUGCAAGAAAACUAGUGUUUCAAACUCAUUGUACUCAAAUUCCUCAAACUAUCCGAAACUCUCUUCUUUGUGCUGGAACCAAUCCACCCUCUUCAAACCCGCCAUUUUUACCAAAGCCUCCUUCUAUCUUGGCCACUGGCCUUCUCAAAUUGUAUUUUGAAAGGGGUCUAAUUCGAGAAGCACGUACACUGUUCGAUGAAAUGCCUGAAAGAGACGUUGUUGCUUGGACGACCAUGAUUUCUGGGUACACUUCAUGUAAUCACCAUGCACGUGCUUGGGUGGUUUUCUGUGAGAUGAUGAGGUAUACGGAUGUGCGCCCCAAUGAGUUCACCUUUUCUAGCACGUUGAAGGCUUGUAAAGGGAUCAAUUCGUCCUCUCGUGGAGCUUUGAUUCAUGGUUUGGUUCUUAAGCAAGGCAUGAGUGUAAGUAUUUAUGUUGCGAAUGCACUCUUGGAUGUCUAUGCUACGUGUUGUGUUAAUAUGGAUGAAGCAUCUGCGGUUUUUCAUGAAAUUAGAGUGAAAAAUGAUGUGUCUUGGACUACCUUAAUCGCGGGAUAUACUCAUCGUGGUGACGGCUAUAUGGGGCUUAAAGUUUUUAGAAGAAUGUUACUGGAAGAGGGUGAAUCAAACCCAUUUAGCUUUUCAAUAGCGGUUAGAGCUUGUGCCUCCGUCCAUUCAUGUGCAUACGGGAAGCAACUUCAUGCUGCAAUCAUCAAGCAUGGCUUGGACUUUAAUCUACCUGUAAUGAAUUCUAUUUUAGAUAUGUAUUGUAGGUGUAGUAGCUUAAAUGAUGCAAAGCAAUGCUUCCGUGAAAUGACUCAAAGGGAUUCAAUCACGUGGAACACUUUGAUUGCUGGGUACGAGAAGUCUGAUCCAUACGAGUCUAUCAGCAUAUACUCGAGUAUGGAGUCAGAAGGUCUUAGCCCCAACUGCUUCACAUUUUCCAGCGUUGUAGCAGCUGUGGCAAAUUUGGCAGUUUUGAGUUGUGGAGAGCAGAUUCAUGGAAGAAUCAUAAAGAGAGGCCUUGGCGGGAACUUGGAGUUGGACAAUGCCUUAAUAGAUAUGUAUGCAAAGUCUGGAAAUAUUGCAAGUGCACGUAGAAUUUUUGAUAAAAUGCCCAAGAAAAAUCUGGUUUCGUGGACCUCAAUGAUGAUUGGUUAUGGAAGCCAUGGUUAUGGAAAUGAAGCUGUUGACUUUUUUGAAGAGAUGGUUAAAUUCAGAGUCAGGCCAGAUAGGAUAGCUUUUGUGGCAGUUUUAAAUGCAUGUAGCCACGCUGGGCUUGUAGAUAAAGGUUUAAGGUAUUUUAUCUCAAUGGUUGGUGAUUACGACAUAGCUCCAGAUCAGGAGAUUUUUGGGUGUUUAGUAGAUUUGCUAGGACGUGCUGGAAGAGUUGAGGAGGCUUUUAAGUUGAUAGAGAGUAUGCCAUUUGAUCCUGAUGAAUCUGUUUGGGGAGCAUUCCUAGGAGCAUGUAAAGCACACAAUCUUCCAGAUUUGGGCAAACUGGCCAUGAGAAAGGUGUUGGCUUUGAAGCCGAAAAUUGCAGGAACCUAUGUGAUUUUGUCAAAUAUCUAUGCAGCUGACGGUAAAUGGGGUGACUCUGCGAAAAUGAGGAAGUUGAUGAGAAGGGUGGCUACUAAGAAAGAGGCUGGGAGAAGUUCAGUAGAGAUAAAGAAUCAGAACUAUAGUUUUGUUGCUGGAGAUAAGAUGGGUUCACAUAUGGAUUGCGUUUAUGAAGUUGUAAAUAUCCUGGUUGAACACAUGAGUGACGUACCAUAUAUUCCUGAUUUUGACUUCUUUAUACAUGAUUCUGAAGAUGGAACUUGAAAAGUAACAGCACUGAGGUUCAACGGGACUUCGUUGUUGUAUUUGUUAAUGUAUUUAUUCUUUGUGGGGCAGUGGAAUUCAGUUAGAAGCAAAGUAUGAUAGAUUCGUUUUUUCCAGAAGGCACAUCACAUUCUAUGCAAAAAGAGAUUUUAUUAAGGAAGUUGAGGAAGGGAGGAUAACCAAUCCCCUUUGUUCAAUAGUUGAUACUCUGAGAGAAGGAACUAGUAAACGAUUGUAUACUCGUGUAAGUUACAUAAAAUAUCACCCUUUCUGUAUUUCCAAGAUAAUGAACUGACUUUUGGUCGAAUGCAUUGGCCUGAUGCAAUAUAUUGGAAGUUUAGAAAAAGCACGAUCUUGAUUAUACCCAACAUGGAGUCUAGUGGAUUUUCAGUCUUCUAAAAUGCUCUUGAAACCAGCGAGGGGACAUUGUUAUCAUGGGAAGAACCCUGUGAUCUUGAAAUUCAUUUAUGUACUCUUUACCUUUUCUGGAAGGAAAAAUAACUCAGUACCAAACAUGACUUAGAGUGGAUAUGAUACAAGACAUUUUUGUGGGAAAGUAAGCUCGAUUGCACAAGUAAAUCCAGUAGAUCUUCUGACUUAUAAAAGGUUCUUGGAAGAUCCAGCGAUGAGUACAUUGUUAUAUUGGGAAGAACAAUAUGAUCCUUUAGAGGCUUGUCUUCGCGCUCUUUGAGAUUUCUGGAAGAAAAAUUGCACAAGUGGUUGCUAAGUCUCAGAUUCGUUUACUAAAUGACCGUUGUUUAGGAGGUGAAACACAUUCUACUUACAUGUCAAACUGGCUAAGAUUGGUUAAAUAUUUGUCUGGGGGGUAUGGUCGAAUUUCUACUGUUUGAGCUAGUCAGUUGCAAUAGCUGAUUGACUUGGGGAAAAAAUGUAACGUCACGACAUAAUUCAAGCACCAGUGAACGUAGUAAUGAAAUGUGGCUGAUCCCAGGUUGGUGCCCACGAGUGACAGUCGCUGUGAAAUCAGAGGCAGAACAGAUGAUUCUAUGCUAGAUAGCUAGUGCUCAAGCGGAGUUAACAGAGAUUUGGCUGAUUAAGCAGGAAGAUACGUCCAGUUUGAACGCGAAUCUCCAAAUUGAUAGAAUACAUCAUACCACUACAAAAAUGGAGCAAAAUAUCAAAAUUACAAGCUUACGGUCAUGGAAACCUUCGUGAUGCUUUGCAGAUGAGAUGCUACUUUAUCUAUAGCACAAGUUGUGGUUCUGAGUUUAAGAAUAUUAUGGUACGUGGCAGUUUUACAAGAUUGCUGGUACAUUCGGUCCAUGUUUCUCCACCAAGAGCCCCAACCCAUUUGCUUCCCCCAUAUAGCAUAAAUUUCUUUGCUUAUUCAUUAACCACUACAAAAAUUCUUCAACGUACUGCAAAAAUAGCACAGAGAUGUCACCCUAAUUCAGUAUGCCAAAUAAAUGAACUGCCUCUGGUUGUCUCUCCCAUUGUGGGUAAGGAAAUAUUCCAUUAUUUGUCCAUCAACUGUAAAGAUACCAGGAAAACAAAUAGGGUCAAUUCUUUUUCAGCUACUGACAACUUUAAAGUUUUACAAAAAUUGCACCGCAAGAACUAUACGAGUGGAAUGCGGAAAAGCUACUCCUAGUUCA